AUGAGUUCAGCAAAGAGACCGAUUUAUGUGAUCAUGUUUUUGGGAAACUCUGCAGUAUAUAAUCCGUGUAUUCAACAAACAGAGUUAACAGAAGAUGAAGCGCACCAGGUAUUGGAAAACUGGCCUGAUUCCCCAAUCGAUCGGGUUUACAAGUGCUUUCUAACAUGUGUGCUUUUGGACUUGGAGCUGAUUAGUAAAUCAGGGGAGGUGCAGAUCGAUAAGUAUUUGAAAACUGGAGUUGUGGACUGGAAAUGGGUGGCAAUCGAUUUGGUGACAUGUCGCAUAGAAUUCAGUGAUGAAAAAGAUCUGUGUGAACUUGCAUAUGGAAUUUUCAACUGUUAUAGGAGGGUAAAACUCGAGGCCGAAGAGAAAGCUUCAAAACAAAAUAAAUAGAAUUUGUUUGGGGAA